AAUGGUGUUGCGGAAGGUCGGAUUCCAUCCUACUCCCUCGAGUCAAAGUUAGGGGAUUGCAAGAGGGCUGCAGCCAUCCGUCUCAAGGCCUUGGAGAGAAUAACCGGCAAAUCAUUAGACGGACUUCCCUUGGAGAGUUUUGACUAUGAAUCAAUUCUGGGUCAGUGUUGCGAGAUGCCAGUUGGGUACGUACAGAUUCCGGUAGGUAUUGCGAGGCCGCUCUUGCUUGACGGUGAGGAGUACUCUGUACCCAUGGCUAUCACGGAGGGUUGCUUGGUGGCCAGCACCAACAGGGGUUGCAAAGCCAUCUAUGACUCUGGAGGUGCAACCAGUGUGGUGUUAAAGGAUGGGAUGACUAGAGCUCCAGUGGUGAGAUUCUCCACCGCCAAAAGAGCCGCCCAGUUGAAGCUUUUCUUGGAGGAGCCUUUAAGUUUCGAGACCAUUGCCGCCGCAUUCAAUAAAUCCAGUCGUUUCGCUCGCCUCCAAACCAUCAAAUGCGCUAUUGCCGGCAAGAAUCUGUACAUGAGAUUCACUUGCAGCACUGGCGAUGCCAUGGGGAUGAACAUGGUAUCCAAGGGCGUCCAGAACGUAUUGGACUUCCUCCAGACCACCGAUUUCCCCGACAUGGACAUCAUCGGCAUCUCUGGCAACUUCUGCUCCGACAAGAAACCUGCGGCUGUUAAUUGGAUUGAAGGCCGCGGUAAGUCAGUGGUCUGCGAGGCCAUAAUAAAGGAAGAUGUAGUUAACAAAGUACUAAAAACUGAUGUUGCCUCCUUAGUAGAGCUCAACAUGCUCAAGAAUCUCACUGGAUCCGCCAUGGCUGGAGCUCUCGGGGGAUUCAACGUCCACGCCGCCAACAUUGUGUCUGCCGUCUACAUCGCCACAGGACAAGACCCAGCACAAAACAUUGAAAGCUCCCACUGUAUAACCAUGAUGGAGGCGGUUAAUGAAGGGAAAGAUCUUCACAUCUCAGUCACCAUGCCGUCCAUUGAGGUAGGCACUGUGGGGGGUGGAACUCAGCUUGCUUCCCAGGCCGCAUGCUUGAAUCUACUAGGAGUCAAGGGUGCUAGCAAGGAAGUGCCGGGAGCCAACUCUAGAAAGUUGGCCACCGUGGUUGCCGGAGCAGUAUUAGCUGGGGAGCUUUCUUUGAUGUCUGCAAUAGCUGCAGGACAGCUUGUUAAGAGUCACAUGAAGUACAAUAGGUCAUCCUCUAACAAACCAUAGAAAUAAUUAUGAAACACUCAAGAAUAUAUUCACC